AUGAAAAUGCGAUUGAUACAUUUGAGUCAAAGUUCCGUAAGCCUUCUUUUCCGACUUCUUCUUUUCUGGAAUACUGUUGGAUUGGCGGCACGUGAGAAGUCAAAUCAAGAGUAUUGGAAAGAUCAGCAUCCACAACAAAGAUGGAGAAUUUAUUCGCUACGUCUACCAUGUUACUCCUGCAUGAGUCCAUACCUAGAAGACCAUUAUCCAUACAUAUCACAUUUGUACCGGAAACCACUUGCUUUCGACAUACAUUGCGAUAAACAUAGCCUAGACACAAGUUAUCUCUAUUCAAAGAAUUGUUCCGAUAUGUGCGUCACUCUUAGGAUCAAUGAUGUUGUUGGGGGGAGGCGGCGACACGGUUAUAUGCGGGGAUGUCUAUCGGAUUUGCAUGGAUACAAUCACUCACUGAUUAGGACUCUUGCUGAAAGACAGGGAUGCUUGGAUACGACAGCUCGUGAGCUAUUUCUUCCAACUGCCCAACGUCAAGAACUCGAACCAUCUCGUCUUUCAUUGUGCGCCUGUCACAAUAAUCUCUGCAAUUUCUCCGUGUCGCCGCCAUGUUUCUUCAUUUUCCUUUUCGUCAUUCUUGUCAUUUUCUUAAUGCGUUGA